AAAUGACAACAAUGCAAAGACAAGUCGUGGUCCAGAGCUCGCUUCUCUCUGCCGGGGAGGACUGCUUCGACAUGUGGCAUGACUACAUGAACCUGGGCACUCUGCUGGAGAGGCUGUGCAACACUCGCAAGGGGGGCCACGGAGACACCGAGGAGCCGGAGAAAGAAGCAGCAGCGCCUUGGAGCCACAUCCAGACCUCUCCGAGGGAGAGCUGCAAAAACUCAAUAGAGACCAGUUCAGUCAGCAGCCUCUCCGGCCUCUCGGACACCAGCUGCAACGGGACUUCCUCCAACUACUGUCGCUUCUGCAAGCAGAACGGAGAGUCUGUAAGGGUGUACCGGUCACACAGGCUGAAAUCCGACGACGGGAAAGUCACCUGCCCCAUCCUCCGGAACUACACCUGUCCAAUCUGUGGAGACACCGGGGACCAAGCUCACACACGCCGGUACUGUCCGCAGGCGCGCCGGGAAGAGGCUCCGAGAAUGCUGCAGGGGUCCAGGUUCUAGGAGCUGCUGACAGACACUUUAAAGAC